UAUCGCAACCCAGGAAAUUGUUCGUGAAAUAUAGAGAGAAAAUCAAGAAUUCUGACYUCGUAUUGAAUUCCAGAAGUUCUUCCUAGGACACAUGACCAUAUGAAUGUCAUGAAGUCAGCUUUGGUGUCAGCGGUACUGCUGUGCGCAUGCCUACUAAUAAACACAUCAGCAACAAAACACUAUAAAAAGCAUCGCAAACUUCGUCAUAAAAUCGACCAUCAUGCAUUUCACCAUCAUCAGACGCAAUCUAAAAAUAUAGAGCAUCAUGRGAAUGUGCAUGCAUCGCAGAGUAAGCUGAAGAAAAAUAUCAUCCCAAACCUUAACCAUCACUAUAAAAAGAGCACUAUAUUGGAUCAUAAUCUGGCCAAGAAAUUUGACAUUAGUGCUCAUCCACAGAUGCGUCCGGACAUGAUGACUGUGGUGAUGAAGGGCCUUGAUGGAAAAGCGGGCAUUCCUGGACCACAGGGAGAUGUUGGCCUCCAAGGACCACCAGGACCUCCAGGAGAAGUGGGUAACAAGGGGCCACCAGGAGUUUGUCGUCGAACAGAGUGUGAAAAUGAACAACUAAAAUCGUUAAUACAAAGGCUUCUGGCGCUGGAGAAAUUUGUCAAUAGUCACAAGAAAAACACAACAAAGAAUGCUAACAAGACAUGUACAAAUAUGACAGCUAUCAGAGUCCCAUUCACGCCAUGCGCACCCAAACUGUUUGCAAUCGUUCCGUUACUUCAACUUACUAAACCCAAACCUGCCCAGAAUGCCGCAGAAAAUAAUAAGCCAAAACCAGCCGAGACUUCUUCCCAGGGUGUGAUCAACCUCACGGGGGCACGUGGAGUACCCAAGCCUCCUCCCAUGGCUCCUGCAAAUAAUGUUGUAAACAAACCAACCGGCACAGCUCCUCCACCAGCUCCAUCAGUGCUGCAAGGUCCGGCACCAACACAACCUCCGCCUCCAUUUUACAUUACAUUGCAGGGUGCUACAACUUAUGAUAACCCUGUGUCAGUUAUACCGCAGCAACAUGGUGUACCGUACCUUAGAACUCCAUAUAAAACCUUACCUCCGAACUGGGUGACGUCAGGGGCAGGACCCAUUGACUUGAAGCCAUCUUUGUAUCGCCGAACAUACUCUCGAACAUCUUCUCGACAGACAUUCUAUUCACCAAGCUGGAACGCUUAUAGAAGAAACAAUAUUCCUCAACAUGGCUUAUUAACGCACAAACUGGCUAGUAAGAUGCUCCACAAGAAAACUACGAAACCAAGUACUCAGGAAGCUCAUAAAACAAUUCAUAAAAAUUCAAAUGAGAAACUUCACCCAAAGAAAUCUUGAAAUGAUUUGAUGCAAUUAAUAUUCAUUGUUACGAUGACAAACAUUUCUAUUAUCAGUAGAGUUGUUGCUAUGUAUUUUUUAACAAUAUAAAUGAAUAUAUUUAACAAUAAGACCACGAGAUCGAGUGGACUACAAGUUGAUAGUCCAUAAAUGCCGUACUCAGAACUCGUAGUUCACGGGACAAAGUGCAUGGUCUAAUUGUUUUAGUAUCAGCCAAACUAUAGGGCAAAUAAAAAGAAAAAUGUUUCUCGAUGCGACCAUGAAUGGUGUACGAUUCAAUAGCUAAUCAGAAUGCUGAUAGCCCAUAGUUUGGUGGAUACCAAAAGAGGAUAUGACCCAAGUUCUAAGCCACGAUGUUCUUGUGGUUAUUUUGCCUCAGUGUAUAUAAAAAGAUCGACGUUUUGGGCUCAAAAAAAUGUCUUUAAUAUAUACAUAAUAGCUAAUUUAAACGAUGACACAAACUCGCACUUAAGCCUGGUUCUCACUUAGCUAUGAGCAAGCAUAACUAGGACUUCCUUAUAUGGAGCUGCUUUCUAUUGUUUUCGUUUCCCAAGGGCACACAAAACAAAAAGAAAUCAGCCCUGUUAAACGGGCUAGCCCAUUUUAAAUAAUCAGGCCCUCAGUGGAGGGGGUGACAAUUAAAAGCAAGUUUCUUUUAUUUGCGUGUUCUCACUUUUGUCUUUCAUUACUGAGCUUAUGUAUGUUCUUAUGCUCAUUAUUGCUGUGCUUGUGUUUAUGCCCAAUAUUCAGCAUACUUGACUUCAUUCCUUUGUCUCUUCUUUUUUAAUCAACUUAUCACUAUGAUUGCUUAUUAAAAUAGUAAAAACAAGGGUUUAAAAAACAUUCGGAGAUGAUAAAUGUGGUCACUCUUUACCGCGUCAAUUCCAUAUACUAUUAUAAUGUAAUUAACGUUUGUAAAAUAUUACAAAAUAAAAAAAAGCAGUUAUUUCCCCUCGUUAC